ACGACACCAAUCAGCUUCUAUGUAGCAGGUUGGCCCCGCCUCUUCAUUCAGGCCCUGUCGGGGCGACAUUGUGCCAUUGAACCGUUGUUUUUUUUUUGCAAUUACCGCUGCACCCACAAGAGCGACCCGAAGCACAUCGAAGCCGCGGCCUUUUCUCCAUCAAAAUGACUUCUGCGGCAGAGUUUGAGAAGGCGGCGGAAGACGUGAAGAACUUGAAAACCAGGCCGUCGGACCAGGAGUUGCUGGACCUCUACGGCCUAUAUAAGCAGGCAAUUGUCGGAGAUGUCGACACAGAGAGGCCGGGUUUGUUCGACAUGAAGGGGAAAGCCAAGUGGGAUGCGUGGAGCUCCAGGAAAGUUCGUCCAUUUGCGACUGAUGAGGAGUUUAAAACUACGGUGAAGAUUGUGCAGACGUUUCAAGAGGGUCUUGGCAAAGUGCUGCAGCAGAAACUACUCCAGAGAGCCAAGGCCAGGAGGAACUGGCUGGAAGAAUGGUGGUUGGACACCGCGUACCUGGAGGCGCGCAUCCCCUCUCAGCUUCAUGUGAACUUUGGUGGCCCGGCUCCCUAUCUGGAGCAUUGCUGGCCCCCUGCAGAAGGAACUCAACUGGAGAGGGCCAGCAUUAACAUUUGGCACACGCUACAAUAUUGGAACCUCAUUUACAAGGAGGAGAUGGCCCCUCAGAAAGCUGGUAAGAUGGUGUUGGAUAUGGAUCAGUUUAGAAUGCUCUUCUGCACUUGCAAAGUACCCGGAGUUAAGAAGGACACUAUCUACAACUAUUUCAAGACAGAACGAGAGGGCCGGUGCCCGUCACACCUGGUGGUGAUGUGUCACGGACGGAUCUUCACCUUUGAUGCACUUUGUGAUGGAGAAAUCCUCACACCACCGGAACUCCUCAGGCAGCUGAGCUAUGUGAAAGAACGCUGCGAGAGACUGCCAGAAGGCGAUGGAGUUGCUGCUCUUACCUCUGAUGAAAGGACUCGAUGGGCAAAGGCCAGGGAUUAUCUAAUUCGCAUUGAUCCCCACAAUGAAACCAUCCUUGAGACCAUCCAGAGCAGCCUCUUCCUUAUAUCGCUGGAUGAUGCCAAACCCUACUCAUCAGCAGAGAAUUACACAAAUAUUGCGGUGGAAGCGCUGACAGGAGACCCCACCAUUCGCUGGGGAGACAAAUCCUACAACUCACUUGUGUUUGCCGACGGUACUUUUGGAUCCAAUUGUGAUCAUGCACCAUAUGACGCAAUGGUCCUAGUGUCCAUGUGUUGGUAUGUUGACAAACAACUCAAAGCUACAGACGGCAAGUGGAAGGGCUCAGACAGAGUCCGACCCAUGCCUUUACCCGAAGAGCUUGUUUUUACUGUGGACCAAAAAAUCAUGGGAGACAUCAGCCACGCCAAACUUCAAUAUAGAGAGACGGCACAGGACCUCCAGAUUGUGUGUCACGCCUUCACAGGGUUUGGAAAAUCUGCACUCAAAAAGAAGAAUCUACACCCUGACACCUUUGUUCAGCUGGCCAUGCAGCUGAGCUACUACCGCAUACACAAAAUACCCGGAAGUUGCUACGAAACAGCAAUGACUCGCAGGUUCUACCACGGCAGGACCGAGACAAUGCGGCCUUGCACCAGCGAGGCAGUCAGCUGGUGUAAAGCCAUGAUGGAUCCCACCUGCGAGGUUCAUGACAAGAGGAAAGCCAUGCUUCAAGCCUUCAACAAACACAACAAGCUGAUGACAGAAGGCCAAGAGGGAAAUGGUUUUGAUAGGCAUCUUCUCGGACUCCAUCUGAUCGCCAAGGAGGCAGGACAUCCCACUCCAGCUCUUUACCUGGAUCCACUCUACACAAAGAGCGGAGGUGGCGGGAACUUUGUGCUGUCAUCCAGUUUGGUGGGAUACACUCCAGUCCUGGGGGUUGUUGCUCCUAUGGUUCAUCAUGGCUAUGGCUUCUUCUACCGCAUCAACAAUGACAGGAUCGUGAUCUCCAUCUCAGCAUGGAAAUCUUACCAUCAGACUGACGCCGCAACGUUGUUCAACAACUUCUCCAACUCAAUGCAUGACAUGUUUCACCUGGCGACCACAUCUCAACUUUAAACAUUCACACUUAGAGACAUUGACUCACCUGACUGAUCUGCUCAUUUUCCACAAUCUGAAUGCACACUAGAGCGUUUGCUCCGAGCACCAAUCAAUGCAACUUUUAAGGACGAUUGAUUCUUUUGUGUGUGUGUCCGUGUGUGUAAGUUUUUUUUUUUUUUAAUUGUUGUUUUUUUGCCACAUCUUGCUUACCCCAGGCUCCUAUGUGACUUGUUUGGACCUCUGCUUCGGGUCCAUCUGGUUUGUCAUACCUAUUUUUGGGAACCUGUAACCGAUCAGUAAUUUAAAGAGUUUUUGUACCAUCAAUCAUAAUAAUAUCCUUCCUUACAUAUUAUGCCACCACUUGACAUUGUGAACUGAUGACAUUGUUAGUUAUACUGCUAUAGUUUAAAAUUGUAAUUUUUAAGGUGGGCCCUGAAGGCUCACUUGUUUUGUGUACAAAGACUUUAAACAUGAGCCAGCCUGAAAAAUGUUCCACUGACAUCCCUCAGAAACUAAUUUGUUAGAAGCUAAUUUCAUUGAAUAGUGGCCAGAGGCCUUCAUUUAGUUAACUGCACAGAGUAACAGGCAUUUAUUGGGGGUAAGGCAUUUACUGUAUUACAGAAUAGGCCUUUAGUUUUACAGAUGCCCUUUUAUCACACUAAAACAAGUUCAAUAUGUGCAAUGUCAUUUCCCAGACAAAUAUUGCUACUUAAAAUAGAUUGUUUAGUACUUAUAUAUUAAAUAUGUGAUUGGGUAUUGUGGGAUAUGAUUUUACUGAUAUGUUCUGCAAUAUUAGCAACGUUCACAUGUAUUUGUAUAAAUGAUUACAAAUGAAUAAAUGAAUGAAAUUAAUAAAAAAAUGAACAAUGAUGCGAAACAA